CUCACAUCCUCAGUCUAUGAAAAUACUGCCAUCAUCUGGUGAGCUCUGACAUUCUUUAAACCCCCUUAAUGACAACAUAAAUAUCUACAUUUUAUUUUUUAAAUCAGGUUGGAGGAUUUUAGAGUGGCGUAAAACGACAUUUUCCCACAAACCUGACUUGGCUCAUAUUUGUACGUGCCAACUUUCAAUAAUAAAUCAAUCGUCAUUUGUUUGAUUUGCCUCCCGGAUCACGGAGAGUGGAGCAUUCGUGUGCCACGACUCCACGCUAGAAGCUUCUCUGACUGGGCUGCAGCAGAAAGAAAACCCCCCGUGCAGCUCCCUCACCAGCAGGUCUCCCCGGGAUCCGUGUUUUGCAUCGCUCCUUGAUUUGCAUUUCUCCCUCCGUUUUUCUCCGUGCGUCGGGUUCAGCCGCUCGAAACCAGCGGGCCCUCCAGCUCCACGGCUCCUCUCGUACGUGCGCCUCCAUUUCCAAGCGAUACGCAAAGAGAAAGAGGGAGAAAAAAACUGCAACAACCGCUGGAAAUGUUUUGAAUUAUGUUGCCGAGGCUGCACCAGCGAGGAAACUGAGGACAUUUUUUUUGCGUGUGAAUUGUAUUCUUUAUUUCUGCUGCGCACCUUACACGAAGACAGACACGUGUCUUCGGGGUAAACAGAAAGGGCUCGAUCGUGUCAGCAGAUUGCAUUGUUUCCCUCCACCUCCAUUUGUUUUGUUGUGUAGACAGACGACGAAGAGUUCAAGCUUUGGCGACGCGCUAUACACAUUUCAGUCCGUGCGCCUUGGUGAGAAAAGACGCAUUUUGGAGAUGUCGGAAGUGCUGCCUUUCAACGAGGAGAAAAUGAGUCAUUAUGGAAAUGAGGGCGACGAGGGACACCUUUCCUUCACCUGUCGUCUUCAAGACACCAACAACUUCUUCAGUGGCUCACAGAACAAACGUCCGCCGAAGCUCGGACAAAUAGGCAGGAGCAAAAGGGUUGUGAUCGAGGAUGAGAAUGGCGACAACGAAGCCCUGAAAAAUGGAACAGAGAAGACCCCGCCAGAGGCUUAGAGAGCGCUCGUAUCACCAUCCCCCUAAAGACACUCUUGAAACCAAUUUUUUAUGGCGAUAUUUACUAGUUUUAAUCCAAAGACACUGUAUAUAAGCACUUUCUCUCAUGUGGCAGCAAGCAGCACUUCCACACCCUCCUCUCCCUGUCAGUCAUCAUGGCCAUCCGGGUGACACACACUGGCAGGGGCAGGAGAUGGCAGCGAAGGAGACCCCCAGGUGGACCCCCCCCCCCAACAC